GAGUUAGCCGUUAGCACCGAGCUAACAGCCGGAGCGUGUAAUGGCGGCCUCGGUGUUGUUGGGCUCUGCGGACAGCGCCGGACUCAGCUUCACCAUCGGGGGCGGCGGCACCGGGAACAGUAACGGACUGGGCCCGGCGGGCCCGGCGCCCUGGAACCGUUCUCUGGACCGGGCGCUGGACGAAGCCGCGGCCACCGGGAGCUUGAACCUGAGCGGCAGGAAGCUGAAGGAGUUCCCCCGGAGCGCCGCCAACCACGACCUGACCGACACCACCAGGGCCGAUCUGUCUCGUAACCGGCUGUCGGAGCUUCCUCCUGAGGUUUGUCACUUCGUGUCUCUGGAGAGUCUGAACCUGUACCAGAACUGUCUGCGCUCGCUGCCUGACGGCCUGCUCAACCUGCAGGCGCUUACCUACCUGAACCUCAGUCGGAACCAGCUGUCGAUGCUGCCCGCCGUCGUCUGCGGCCUCCCUCUGAAGGUUUUGAUCGCCUGCAACAACAAGCUGGUUUCUCUGCCGGAGGAGCUGGGACAGCUGAGGCACCUCACCGAGCUGGAUGUGAGCUGCAACGAGAUCCAGACUCUGCCUGCUCAGGUGGGCCAGCUGGAGGCUCUAAGAGACCUGAACAUCAGGAGAAACCACCUGGUCCGACUGCCACCAGAGCUGGCCGAGCUGCCUCUGGUGCGUCUCGACUUCUCCUGUAACAAAGUGACCUCCAUUCCCGUCUGUUACCGCCGCCUCAUGCAGCUGCAGACCAUCGUCCUCGACAACAACCCGCUGCAGACCCCGCCCGCUCAGAUCUGCAUUAAAGGGAAAGUUCACAUAUUUAAGUACCUGAAUCUGGAGGCCAGCAAGACGACGCCGGACCUGCCCGAGUACGACAGACGACCUCUGACCUUCAGCUCCUGUGUGGAUGAGCUUUACCCUGGGCGUCCCUACGGAGCACUCGACUCCGGCUUCAACAGCGUCGACAGCGGAGACAAGAGAUGGCUGAGCAACGAGGCCUCAGAGGAGCUGUCGGAGCUGCCGCAGAGAGUGGCCGAGAUCAGCCGAGACCAGAGGCAGCGAGGAGGCGCGGCAGGAGGAGCGGCGCUGCCUAAUGGCACAUAUGGGGAGUUGGAGCAGAUCGACUUCAUCGACAGCUGUGCGGGUGAGGAGGAGGAGGAGGAAGGGAGGAGUCGUGGGGGAGGAGACAGGACCAGCCUGAGCUCUCAGUUCAUGGCUUACAUUGAGAGACGCAUCACCAGAGAGGGUUCUCCUGUGAAAAGCGGCUCUUCGAGGAUGGAAGACCCGAGGAGACACAGCAGGGGUGUAGUCGAUAGCGCCGCGGCCGCAUCUAGCUCACACGGACAGAGAGGCGGCGUGGAGAGGAUGAGGAGGGAGGCGCAGCUCGCCGCCAUGAGGUACGACGAGGAGCGGCAGAAGAACCGCUCGCUGCAGAGGGACAACAUGAGCGGACACGCCAAGCAUAAAGCAGCUCCGAGUCCGACGAAGUCCAGUCCUGACACAGAGAACGUCUACCCCUCCCGACGCUCCACCCACACAGACGACUCCGCCCUCUUCAUGUCUGUGGCUGGACUGUCUGUAGACGGCUGUCAUUCUCACGCUUCUGAUAGCGCCUUCUCCUGUCUGCUGCAGGGUGAGGACCGAGCUGCUCUCUCUCCUACAGCCAAUCAGUCGCCGUCUUACCCCAGCUCGGGGGGCAUGGCCUCCUGUCGAACUACCAAUCUGCGGCCGGAGAGCUUCCUGUUCCGGCUCGGGCAGAGGGAGGAGAAGCGGAAAGGUGACACCGCUGCUCCUCCGAGCCAGGAGGAUGCCCCCGCCGCUCCUCCUCUUGCUGCAGAGGACGUCGAGGUGGUGGAGCAGCUCAGGAAGAACAUCGAGGCUCGUCUCAAAGUGUCACUGCCGAGCGACCUGGGAGCAGCCCUGACGGACGGCGUGGUUCUCUGUCACCUGGCCAAUCACGUGAGGCCGCGGUCUGUCCCCAGCAUCCACGUCCCCUCCCCCGCCGUGCCCAAACUCACCAUGGCCAAGUGCCGCAGAAACGUGGAGAACUUCCUGGAGGCGUGUCGCCGCAUCGGAGUCCCACAGAGUCAGUUGUGCCUUCCUCUUCACAUCCUGGAGGAGCGAGGGCUCCCCCAGGUGGCCGUGACCGUCGGCGCCCUGCUCGACCUGGCCCCGCCCCGACACCCAGCACCACAGCGACCCCCACGACACCAUCAACCCCACCGGGACCGUCUGUCACCAUCUAGCCAUAUUUGCACCCCAUUGCACACGCUCAGUCAUCCUCCAGUCACCAGCCAAUCAGAGCUCAGCGUCUCUUAAAGCCUGCCUGAUGUCAUCAGAAAGUGUCCGAAGCGCCUGCAGCAGAGAGCUGGCACGAUACCACAGUGACGGGCUCUGAGCUCCUAUUGGUCAGUGCUGUAUGUAUGGAAGCCCAAUUCGGGGGGGGGGGGGGACGCUGCCCAAUGACCUCGGCUGAAAUGAAUUUUAUGAAGUAAAAGAUGAAUCGAAUAUUUAAAGUUGUCUGAAUGACAAAAAAACAUUUCACAGGUGAGACCUUCAGGCACUGCAGAGGUGCAGGUUCAAUUCCCCACGGCCACUUCCUGCCUGCUCUCUGCUGACUAAUAAAGGCUCAGUGCCCCCAAAGUACAAAGUAGAGUAAAACGUUCAGACGUUUGCAGCGAGUGUGUUUCCAUUUGUGGGCAGAAAUGGGCUUCCAUCCCACCUGUGCUGUCGCUCUGCAGGUGCGGGAGUGGCUGAUGGGCAGUGAUGGAGACGAGCCGAGCUGAACUGAUCUUUACUCUCGCUGCAAGGUUUGUUAGAAAUCAGCUUCUCACAGGUGGAGGUUUCACUCUGGACCUGCUACACUCGUCACAGCUGACAGAGCCGCAGAGCAGACCGGAUAGGAAAGCGCAAAUAAUCUGACCAGAUUUUAAUGCUGUACCUGGUGUAGGCGGAGCUAAUCUACUCCAUCUGCGUGUGCUGAUUAUUACAAGUGAUAAUAAUGAGUGCCUUCACCGUGAAACCACAUCUGCUUGUGUUUGAGCAGCAGUCCAAAGGAAGUCCUCCACGUGUGACAAGGUGAAAAAAUAAAAGCUUACCACCUUUGACCUUUGCCCCCUGAGUCUGAGGUAAAGAAGGUAAGAUGAUCCUCUGAUGUCAGAAAAAUAACCCAGAGGCAAAGGGGGAGGUGGUUUAUUCUACUUGUCAGGUUCUCUAAUGGGUGAAUCCGUGCAGUUCAACAUCUGUGUGACAUUAGUUCUACAUGCAUUUGGUUACCUGUGUGGGCGGAGCUUAGAAACUAAUAUGCAUAAUUAUUGAGCCAGUGUUAAACACAGACGACUCAAAACCAUAAAACUCUCUUAGGUGGAUCGUUCUGCUCAUUCCAACGUUAGCUCUCACAGAGCGGCUUAGCAUGAGUCCCCUGAGCCUCAGCUCAGCCACUGUCUCACACAAGCCGGUUCAGCUCCUCCGCCUUUAAACGUGCUUUAUUCUGAUUGGCUGUAUCUCACAAGUAGAAGACUUGAACAGUAGAUGAAUAGAAAAAAACCUCAUAAUUCCCAGUAGCUGCAGGCACACUGAACUUCCUGUUUAACAUGAACAUUUGCCACGGAAAUAGGAAAUGAGAAAGGGAAAAGCACUUUAAUUUAAAAAAAAAAAAAAAAAGAUAAGUAUUUCCUGUCUGCAUGCUGAGAUAAAGUUGCAAUGCUACUAAGGGCUAAGGGAAGCUAACAGCAGUUUUGUUUUGUUGUUUAAAUGACACUAAUGUAUCUUGUGGCUAAUAUAGCUUAAAGUUAAUAUUGGCAAAGAUAAACUUAUUGUAAGCUACAUUUAAUAGCUAGCGGUGACCUAGCUAAGAUGAGUGUGCUUAGUUUAAAAUAAUAAUAGAGAGAAAACUAUUCCCAGAUUACCCGUCGCUAACGGUGACUAUUCUGAAUUUGCUUCAGUCUGAAAAUGUAACUGACUGUUAAGGCUAACACUAUUAAAACAGAGUAAAUGUGUUGGAUCACGCUGAUCGUGCUAGUCAUGUUUGCUGAGACACAGGCUGAUAUUUACGUAGCAGUCUGUUAACAUAAACCAACUAGCCGGAAGACUAGCUUGAAAUAGGUAGCUAUAAAAGUAUCGCGAUGAGUUCAGAGUUAACAUGAACUACAGCUAGGAAGUGGCCUAAGAUAACGAGUAAGCAGUAAUCUAAAAUUGAAUAGACUCUCUGCUAACUCUGGGUAAGACUAUAAUAAGACUAACUUUAUGAGCUGUUAGAUAACAGUACUUAAUAUUAUAGGUGACACAGUUAGCUUGAAAAAUACUGACAUUUCAAAAGUGUUCCGAAACUAUUUUAACAUGGCUAACUGCUAAAGAAAGCUAACACUAAUGGUACUCUUAUGUCGAGCUAACCACAGAGGGUAGCUAAGAUAAAGUCAGGUGAAGCUAACAGCUUGUUUCUAAUCUGAAAACAGUCGACGAUGGCUUAGUUUAUAGCAUGAUUGCUAAAUGCUAAUGUUACAGUAGUGGGUUUGAAUGUACUGAUAUUGUCAAAGAAAUUAUUUAUUUUUCCUUUUUGUUUGUUUUUUAUAGUUUAUUUAGUUUUAGUUUUAUUUAUUUAUUUUUUGCUUUUAGUUUUGCUUUAGGGGGCGGGUCCUCUGCCACUCUUCCAUUGUGGGGGGCUCACCCAUCUGUGAGCUACUUGCUAACAGUUAAUAAUGUCCCAAAAGAAGCAGCAAGGACAAAGUGUGGUUCAGUUCGGCUCUGUUCAUCUCCAACUGUCCUUAUUAUGGUAAACACCUUCAUCUCGCCGCUGAUGAAGAGGAGGAUGUCGUCUCUGUACAGUUUUUACUCAUGUCAUUGUGGUUUAGGUCAAUCAUGUGACCUGGCUUUGUGAUCACCUGAUCGGAUCUUUGUCACGUGUGCAGCUGAAGGCAAUUGGGUGGUUUCUGUUGCAUGCUGGGACGUUUUUCACCUUGUAAAGGUGGCCCGACUGUUGUGUACAAAUAUAUCCUGUAAAUAGAAAUGUACUGAUGAUGCUCUGUAUAUGAGGCCGAAACCUGGGUGUUACUACGACAACAGAGAUGUUCGUGUUGCCAUGUCAACAAUGGGGGUGGGGGGGGGAGAUUUCUUCUCCUGUCAGUGAAGUAAGCAAACAGCUGCUGUACUGUAAUUUUAUUUAUAAAAGUUCGUCCUGACAACAGUGAUUAAAGCGAUACCUGCUCAGCGUCUCACUCCAACUGGAGCUCCAAAAGGCUCCAACUGCACAAACACAGUCAGGAGGUGCAGUUCAGGUGAAGCAGACUGCUAGCAGCUACAGCCGCCUGUAUCACCAUCCACCUGUCAGUCAGAAGCCACGCCCCUAAUAAUGCAAACAGGUGUCAUGAAGGGGCCAGACAGUUUGUGUAUAAGGCUGUAAACAUGUGCGGGGCUGACUCACUGCUGCCUCUGCUGGACAUUAGAGGAACUGCAGCACAGAGAGCCUGCCAUCCUACAGUGGGCGUGGCCUCUGUGUACAGCGAUGUCAUGAAUCUGAGCUGCUGCUGCUUCACUAACCGGAGGAGAAGACUGUGUUUAUAAUUUAAACUGUAAAGAUGAGUAAAGGGGGCUGGUGCUGUGUUCAGGCGGCGUAGGACAUCAGCAUGCUGACACUACACUAAACACUUGCUGAAGCCUCACUUUGUUUCUCAGUCACCUGAACGCAGCACAAGAGCACAACCUGAAUUAUGACAAGCAGGCUGGGCCCCGCCCCCUGAACCACCUCCACCAAUCAGCUCAUCUUCACUGGACUCACCUGAGACCUGAGUGAACCUGAUGGGACAGGUGAGGUGGCUUAGAGGUUUCAGACAGGUGAUGAUGUACCGAUGUUUUCUUCUUCAGGCGCUCGUCUUGUGGCAGCAGCGGGUCACGUGACGUGGGCGGCUGUUUUUCCACUUGUGUGUUUUUGCUGUUUCAGUCAUAAAAUAAAUAGAAUGUGGCUUUGAUGCUUUUAUUGUGUCAACACCGCACACAGGAAGUGGUGAAAAACAUGUGGCCAAAAAACGAGAACACCAUCAGCUGAUUGUGUUCAUACUGUAAAUGUUUCCUAUGUUUUCUGUUUUUCUCUCCUCAGUGGUUUUUUUGUGUUUCUGUGAAUAAAGUAGAAAUAUUUGUCACAGGUGAA